AUAAAGACCAGAGAAAUAGGAUUUGAUGUUGUUAUUUUCCAAGAAUAUAUACUGAUUCAAAUUCUAAACAACGGAAUCAUGAAAGUCCCAAAAGAUUUUUUAAGGAGGAUUAGCAUAGCACUUUGUGCAGUAGUUGUAAUGUACAUCAUGAUAUCAAAGCUAUCAACUCAUGGAAAAGGUUUUGAGUCAAACAUCAAGUUGAAGAAAAUAUGGGGAUCAACAUUUUCAAAGAAUUCUUCACAAUUGAAAGAUAUAUGUGCAACACCUUCAGAGAAUUUGAAACAAUUAAAUGACAAUGUAACAUUGAACAAUGAAAGCAGGGGAUAUCAUCCACUAAACAGUAUAUAUUUUUUGAAAAUUCAUAAAACUGGAAGCAGUACACUACAGAGCAUUUUGCAGAGAUAUGGAGACAUAAAAAAUUUAUCAUUCGCAUUAGACGCAAGUAGUCACCUAUUACAAUAUCCUCGGCUUUUCCAGAAAAACUUUCCUAUGAAGUUGAAGGCUCCCUAUUCGAGAUACGAUAUCAUCUGCCAACACCUCAGACACAGUGAUGAAGUAUUUGAUGUGCUCAAACCAGAAGGGAAAGCAAUUACAAUGUUACGAGAACCAACAUAUAAUUUUAUUUCUGCAUUUAAAUAUUUUGACAAUUGGAGGAAGAACUGCUUCGGUAUACAGAACAUUGACAAAUUUCUUUCAAUUAUAGAAAAUUCAACUAACAUAAUAACAGAAUCUGGGAAAUGUGCAAAUAGACAGUUAUAUGACCUGGGGAUGGAACCAACGGAUGCUAAAAAUAUCAUUAAGGUUGAGAAGAAAAUUCAGGAAAUGGACAGAACAUUUGACCUUGUGAUGAUAUCAGAAUACUUCAAUGAAGGUCUAAUAUUGUUAAAACAUCUAAUGAACUGGUCAUUCGAUGACAUUGUAUACAUCAGUAAAAAUGUCCAAGCUAAGAAAACAACUGGAAUAGAUGUGACAUACCCCAAAGCAUAUAGGAAAAUCAGAGAACUCAACAUGGGUGAUGAAACGCUAUAUCAGUACUACAACAAAACAUUUUGGAAUAUCAUCAACGAUUUUGGGAAGGAGAGAAUGAGUACAGAAUUAUCAAAAUUCAACCAAGUGCGAGACAAGAUACAAAGGUACUGUAUUGAGGAAGAGGUCAGCGGAACAAACAAACAGUUAGACAAAUUUAAUAAACCAAAUUGGGUGGCUGAUAAGGUGAAUGCCUACCUUCUAUCAAAGGAAGGCAAGGAUAAUGCAACGUGUAAACAACUGGUAACUUAUGAAAUCACGUACACAAAUUUUUUGAGGCAAAAAAUGAAAUCACUUGGAUAUGUAUGAAGGACCACAAAAAGCAACAUGUAAUCAACUGGUAACUUAUAAAAUCAAAUACACAUACAAUUUGAGGCAAAAAAAUGAAAUCACUUGGAUAUGUAUGAAGGACCACAUGAGGAUAUAUAUUUAAACCAUGGUCAGACCAAUUUAAAGUAUACAAUAUCAACUGAUAAAUCACAUAUUUGGGAUGAGGAUGAUAUUGGGAUUCGAGGGAUGAUAUCAGGGAUGAUAUGGAUAUCAACCAGGGUAUUUAUUUAAAUUUUCAUAUUUUCAAAAAUGUUCAUUUUGUUUAUCCCAAAAAAUCAUUUUUUCAAUUUCAUUUUUCUCUUGUUCAACAGAGGAUUUUAGGUAUUGCUCUUGACCAUGGUAUAAGGUCAUCAUUCACAUGUCAGGAUGAUAUGGGGAAUAUCUCUAAGAUGGUAUCAACACUGCCUCUGUCACAACAUUCCCUUGGAAAAUUUUGAUAUCAUCCUUGUAUCAUAUUCCCCAUAUCAAAUCCCUCCUGGGGAAGAACUU